AUGAAUGGGAACAACUACUCCUUGAUAACUGAGUUCAUCCUCAUAGGAUUUACAGAUCACCCAGAGCUGAAGACCCUUCUGUUUGUGGUGUUCUUUGCCAUCUAUGUGAUCACCAUGGUGGGGAAUCUUGGUUUGGUGGUGUUAAUUUAUACAGAACAUCGUCUGCGGACGCCAAUGUAUAUCUUUCUGGGCAACCUGGCUCUGAUGGAUUCCUGUUGCUCCUGUGCCAUUACCCCUAAGAUGUUAGAGAACUUCUUUUCUGAGGACAGAAGCAUUUCUCUCUAUGAAUGUAUGGCACAAUUUUACUUUCUCUGCCUUGCAGAAACCACAGACUGCUUUCUUCUGGCAGCAAUGGCCUAUGAUCGCUAUGUGGCCAUAUGCAACCCACUGCAGUACCAUACCAAGAUGUCAAGGAAACUCUGCAUUCAGAUGGCCACAGGAGCCUACAUAGCUGGAAACCUGCAUUCCAUGAUUCACGUAGGAUUUCUGUUUAGGUUAACCUUCUGUGGACCUCAUCAAAUCAAUCACUUUUUCUGUGAUGUCCUUCCAUUAUACAAACUGUCCUAUGUUGACCCCUAUAUCAAUGAAUUAAUGAUACUUAUCUUUGCAGGGUCAAUUCAAAUUUCCACUAUUACCAUAGUCUUAAUCUCUUAUCUCUGCAUCCUUUUCACAAUAUUCACAAUGAAAUCCAAAGCAGGAAGAAGCAAAGCCUUAUCUACUUGUGCAUCCCACUUUCUCUCUGUCUCAAUAUUCUAUGGUUCUCUUCUCUUUGUGUACGUUCAACCAAGUUCAGUUAAAGAAGAGGAUAAAAACAUACCCGUUGCUGUUUUUUAUACUUUAGUAAUUCCCUUAUUGAAUCCUUUUAUUUAUAGUCUAAGAAAUAAGGAAGUAAUAAAUGUUAUGAAAAGAAUGAUGAAGAAAAAAAGUUUUGUAACAUUCUGA